UUCCCUCCCUUAUCCCCCAUUUCUCUUGUCUAAUUGAAAUUAAUUCAAUCUUUUCCAAUUAGGGUUUCUAAAUUCGUCCAUUAUGAGUAAUAAUCCGAAUAAAGAUCAGUUCGAUAUGUCCGAUCUCGGCGGUUCUCUCCCAGCCGCUGCCGCCGCUUUGAGUGCCGAGGAUCGUGCUGGCUUAGUAAAUGCGCUUAAGAAUAAGCUUCAGAAUUUGGCUGGGCAGCAUACAGAUAUACUUGAGACUUUGGCGCCACAAGUUAGGAAGCGCGUAGAUGUUCUAAGAGAGCUUCAGAGCCAACAUGAUGAGCUGGAAGCAAAGUUUUUCGAGGAGAGGGCUGCACUGGAAGCGAAAUACCAGAAGCUGUAUGAACCAUUGUAUACGAAGAGAUAUGAAAUAGUAAAUGGGGUUGUCGAAGUGGAGGGUGUUAAUGAAGCUCUCGUGAACCCGGGCGCGGAUAAAGAGACUGAAAAUGAGAAAGGUGUUCCCAACUUCUGGCUGAAUGCAAUGAAGACUAACGAGAUAUUGGCGGAGGAGAUCUCAGAGCGUGAUGAAGAAGCUUUGAAGUAUCUUAAGGAUAUCAAGUGGUGCAAACUUGAUGAUCGAAAGGGCUUUAAGCUUGAGUUCUUCUUUGAUACAAACCCUUUCUUCAAGAAUUCUGUCUUGACUAAAACCUAUCACAUGAUUGAUGAUGAUGAUGAUCCUAUAUUGGAGAAGGCCAUAGGGACCAACAUUGAAUGGUGUCCUGGUAAAUGCUUGACACAGAAGAUCCUAAAAAGGAAGCCAAAGAAAGGGUCAAAGAAUGCUAAACCCAUAAUUAAGACUCAGAGCUGCGAGAGCUUUUUCAAUUUCUUUAAUCCACCCCAAGUACCUGAAGAUGACGAUGAUGAUAUAGAUGAAGAUGCUGCUGAAGACCUUCAGAAUCUAAUGGAACAAGAUUACGAUAUUGGCUCGACAAUUCGGGACAAGAUCAUUCCCCAUGCUGUGUCAUGGUUUACUGGUGAGGCUGCUGAAGGAGAUGAAUUUGAAGAUAUUGAAGAUGAUGACGAUGAUGAGGAUGAGGACGAAGAAGAUGAUGAAGAGGACACUGAGGAUGAUGAAGAUGCAGAAGAGGAGAAGAGCAAAAAGAAGAAGAGUGCCAAAGCACAAGCUGGAGAAGGUCAACAGGGAGAACGUCCGCCAGAGUGCAAGCAGCAGUAGUAUGUGUUGUGCCCAUAACAGCUGAUUCUGAACCCCAACCAUGUCAUUGGUUGUUAAUUUUGUUUCGCCGUGUUAUAAUGUCUGAUCUCUUUGUGUUUAUUUAUUUUCCGGUCUUCCUUUUCGGUUAGUGGGCGGUUUUGUAAAAUCUAGAUCGUACUGUGUUUGCUGGGGGUUAGCUUUUGGUUAUAACAAAAGUUUCACAUUUAUGUCC